CGUCGGUACUCUACAAUAACAGACCUGGAUAUCGACUUCAUUAUGCAUGCCAGAAAAUCCUAUGUUUUGACAGAUCUUUUUGGGUAAAAUGUAACAGUCCAGAGCUAUUAUGGACAUAUGGGACUCCUUUACUAAUGGAUGGGAAAUUAAUUAAGAAGUUCAAAUCUCCGUUGAUCAAGAACGCUGGAUCUGAAGAAGUUUUGAAUGAUGGCCUUUGUCAACGUCUCCAAAACAUGGAAUCAGAAUUGUCUGAUACUAACCAAAAGAUUGCUGAACUUGAAAGCAUGGGUAUCUCGAAGGAAGAGCUGCAGGUUUACAUAGAAAAACUUCAUAUGUAUAAUGAAGUAAAAGACUUAGCCCAGACACUCCUUGGCAAAUUAGCACUCAUGGAGAACCUGUGUACAAAAGACUUAUAUGGACGUUACCAGCUCAACCUGGAAGAUUAAACACAAUCACCUGAUGACAGCUUUUAGAAGAGAAUUUUCAACCUCCAACAUUAACCUCUCAUCAGUUGUGAACUUUUUCUGUAUAUUGACGAGGGAGAAGUUUUUUUGCAAGAUGAUGGAUACAUUAAUUUAUUAAUAAUAAUUUUAAAAAAUACAAAAAAAAAAUAAGCUUAUCAGAAUGAAACUGAAAAUAAAAUUUAAAUAAAAUAAAAUAUUUAAACACUUGAA